AUGUGGCACAAAGACGAUGAACUCCAUCGGCCGCAGCAACGUUGGUCGAGCCAUCACUGUACACGAAUCCAGCACCACCUACACCACUACGAAAAUAAUGGAAUCGAAACGCACACGUCGGGAAAUGGUUUUAUCGAUGUUGGCAAUCAUCAAGAUCACAUAUACUAUCCAUUUUCUUAUUUUAUGGUCAACGAUGACGUUCAAGAACAAGAACAUCAUCAUUAUACAUUUCCUCAAAUUCUGAUGAGUCGUCCACCACCACCACCAACACCAGAACCAUCAUCUCUGCCAUCGUUGAUGUUAUCUUCGCCACCUCUACCAGACUCUUAUUAUGUUCGCCAGCCAUUUACACCCAUGAUGCAGCAACCCCAACAGCCAUCACUUCUACCACCAGCACCAGAAUCAUCACUUACAGUUGGCUGCAAUACCAUUCAGCAACAAUUCCAGCAACGUAUAAAUUAUUACGACUACAAUGAAAGAAACUCCGAGGAAGCUGCCACUAAAAUGUUAAAAAAUGAUUCGCCUUCGUCGUGUUUAAGUCGACUACAUCUAGGAGAAAGGACUAUUGACAACAGUAUGAAGUCAACCGUCAUAUUUGAUAAUAAAAACACGCAUCAACAACAAACAUCAAAUAAUAACAAUAGAUUGUCAGUACAAGCAAACGAAAUAAAAACACAGUUUGAGAUCACACUGGACGACGAUAAAGUAGUGGACGUGUGCAAACGGACUAUAUUGGCUGCUUUAAAUAAAGUCAUAGUCGACAAUUAUGAAUCUGCUUUGUACAAAUUACGUAAGACUAUUAGAAUAUUGGACGUAUUGAUGUUUAACGAAGGGGGCAGCAGGAUCGGGAUUGCCAAAAUCGAUACUGUCGGGCCAUGGUUGGAAACAUUGAAAGAUAUGGAACGAAGAAUAACACAAAAUCAACAGGACUUACACAAUAAUGGCAAUCACGAUAUCGAUAAUAAUGCAAUAACAAGAACAGAAGACGGCUAUCCCAAGCAACUAAGACAACUAUCCAAUAACAGGAGCAGUAAAAAUAAAAACAGUAAUAAUGAAAACAGUGGUCAUUUAUAUCACUUUUGGUGGAAAUCAAACUUAAGACGUUAUCGAACUACAGGAAAAAUUGUUGUAGAGCAACAUGGAUUCAAUACCAACCUUCGUCGAUACCGAAGAAACAAUUAA